GAGAUUACAGCUAAAUAAUCAGACUCAAUAAAAUAGAGAAAGAGAUCAAUUCCAAGCGACCAAUCCAACGCCACCAUAAUAACUACAAUCUCAGCUUGAAUAACUGUAAAAUUCCCUGAAAAACCAACAUAAUAAGAUUGUUAUUCGCAUCUCAUUCCCCAUUUAGACGGGUCCCAUUGAAAGCGGGUCCCGCAGGGCCCAUCCAAAUGUGCAUCCCUUUGUCCAACACAAUUUUUUCUUUUUUUGGUUAAAAAUGGCGAACAACAACGAAAGAUUGUUAGGAACGGUGAAAUGGUUCGAUCCCCGGAAGGGUUACGGCUUCAUAAUCCCUUCCAAUGGCGCCCAAGAGUUGUUCCUUCACCGCUCCGGCAUCCGAUCCCGCUGCCCCGACGGUCGUGGCGGUGGUUUCCGAACCCUCGCUCACGGUGAGACCGUAGAGUUUCUCAUUCGUCCAGAUAAAAAAAAUCGUACCAAGGCCGUAGAUGUCACCGGACCUAACCAGAGACCUCUUCAGGGACUACCUCCACCUGGCGGCCGAGGCCGUGCUAGAGGAGGAGGAGGCAGUAGUGGCGGUAAUUUCGGAGGCGUUUGUUUUCAUUGUGGUGAUGUUGAUUGUAUGGCCUUAGAUUGGUUCCAGAGAUGCUACGGUGGUUAUGGAAGCAGUUACAUGACUAGAGAUUGGUUAGAGAGAGGUAGCGGUUAUGGCGGAGGAAGGUAUGGUGGCCGUGGAAACUGCUUCAACAAUGGAGGUCGCAGGAAACGAGGUAAUCAUCUGGCGUCUUCUUCUUCUUCUUCUUCGUCAUCGAGUAAGCUAACUCCGUCAGGAGAAGUACGGAACUGGCUGGACUUGCCGCGCGAUGUAAUGGCGUCGAUUCUUUCUCGUCUUGGAGUGAUCGAAAUAAUGAUGAGUGCUCAGAUGGUUUGCAAGGUGUGGUUUGAUAUCUGUAAGGAUCCUCACAUGUGGCGAACCAUUGAUAUGCAGAACAUCGGCGAUCCUGACUUAGGCUUGGACUUGAGAAGUAUCUGCCGCAAAGUCAUCAACCGGAGCUCUGGCCAACUCGUUGAUCUCAACAUUGGGUACUUUGGAACCGAUGAACUGCUUCGCCAUGCCGUUGCUAGUUCCAAACAGAUCAAACGCCUUCGAUUGGCUUGUUGCUAUGAUGUUUCUGAUGAGGGAUUGAUUGAAACUAUUGAAAUGCUUCCACUGUUGGAGGAGCUUGAUCUGACACUAUGCUCGUUUUCAGAAACUUUUAUCGAACCAUUGGGACACUGUUGCCCUCAUUUUAAAACAUUGAAACUGAACCACCAUGCUCAUAAAUACCCGGGCAUGGAUCCUGAUGAGGAGAAUGUUUUCAAUGCAUUUGAGAUUGAAAUUGGUAAAAACUUGCCGGGAUUACGCCACUUGCAACUUAUGGGAAGCGUGAUGACUAACAUGGGGUUACAAGCCAUUCUUGAUGGUUGUCGUAAUCUCGAAUCACUUGACCUACGCCAAUGUCUGAAUAUCGAUUUGAAGGGUAAUUUGGGGAAAAGGUGUGCUGAACAAAUCAAACUUGUUAAACUACCUCAUGAUUCUCUCAAGGAUAUUCAAGUAAGGAAUUGGACUAUGAUGAUUUUACAAGGAUUAGUUACUAUGAAGACUUAGAAUUAGAUGAUUUCUUUAAUGAUGAUGAUGAUGAUGGUUUCUUAAUUUGAAAUUGUGAUCAUCAUAUGGGAGAGGGGUGACAAUACCAGGAUGAACUAUCUGUGUUUAGCCUUUCGUUUCUGGUCAGUUUCUAUUUGUUAAAUACAAUUUAAAAGUAGUUUGAAAUUUGAGAUUGACCAAAUCUCUCUCUUUUUGUCAGACCAAAUGAAAAUUUGUUGAUACAUAUUUCCUUCAACAAAUAUCCUAAUGAUUACAUUUUUACAUGUUAAA